AUGGUCUCGAGAAUUGUUAUAUUACUCGUAUUACUACAGCUAACUAGAGCCCAAUUCUCGCCCUGUGAAUCGCUGAUUUGCGACGCGCCAAAGCAAUGCGUUGUGCAGAAUGAUAUAGCCCAAUGCGUGCUCCAACCGGCCAGCAACGGCUUCUCCGGCAGCAACAUGCUCUCCAAUCUUUUUGGUUCGGCCUUAGGAGCGACAGAAGCGCCGACAUCAGAAAUUGCGACCCCCGCCCCACCAAACUUCAGCGCAACUACCACCGCAUCCGCUGGCCUCUUUGGCCUACUGGGGCAACAGGGAGGAAAUCAGGCAGGGGCCAACGACCCGUUCAGCUCGUUGUUGAAGCUGUUCAGCCUUGCGCCCCCUGCCCCCGCUCCAGAAGCCGGGACGCCAGCGGCAACGUUAGCGACAGCAGCGCCUUGGACACCUCCACCUCCCGUUACGCAGCCACCCCCUACGACCACUACGUCAACGCCAGAACCUGAUAUCUGUGUUCUGCCACCACUUACUGGGAAUUGUCAGCGGGCUCGGAUAAUGUGGUACUUCGACAACGAAACCCGAGCCUGUGAGCGCUUCUCGUUCUCCGGCUGCGGAAACUCGAAUCGUUUUGAGAGCAAAAGGGCCUGUGAAGCGCGGUGUCUACGUUUGGUG